AUGAUCUUCCCUUUUCUCCUGCUGGGUCUUGCCUGCCUUCAGUCAUUCACAAUGGCCGACAAUGUGAAUGGACCAAAGCAAUGCUGUUACAGGUACCAUCAGAAACCAAUCCCUGCAAAAAUCAUUACAGCGUAUAAAGUAAUUCUCAUUGGCUGUAAAAAACCAGGAGUCAUCUUUACUCUAAAGAACGGCCAUCAGGUGUGUGCAGAUCCUGAAGACGAGUGGGUGAAGAACAUCAUGAAAUUAGUUGACCAGCUCUAG